AUGGCGACGACGGCGGCAGAUUCUCAAACAUCAACAGAUCCUCUCCUAACCGACCCCCUCCUCUGCCUCCGCCGCGCCCUCUCCUCUGCGUCGACCCCUCCUGUCCUCCUCACAACCUCCCUUCCACCAUCCACAUCCACAUCCAACUCCAAUCCCCUUGCAGAAAUAACCACGACUGACCUCGCCCUAGCCACACAGCUCUACCUUCCUUCAACACCUCCAUAUAAUGUUCCCCAAUGUAUUCCCCUCUCAACUCCAACCCGCUUCAUAUCCUCUGCCUCCGGAAACAUCCCCAUCGACCUGCGUAGCAUAUACUUUGCCUGGCUGAAAAGGGACGUGGCGAUUCCGGAAUACAUUGCUAGUGCACAGAGUGUUAACGAGGAGGUUGAGAAGAAUGUGAAGGAUGGGAAAGCGGAAGGUGAGGGUGGAAUUGAUAAGGUUCUCAAUCUUGUCUUUGUGGAACGAUUGGAUCUUAUUACGUGGCUGGAAGGGGCUUCGGAGGAUAGUGAGUAUAUCAAACCAUUGGCUGGGGAAGGAGGAUCGAUUUCGAUAGAGGGUGUCGGGGCCGGUGCUGGUGCUGGUGCUGCCGCACGAUCAGCACAGGAGGCAGCUCGGAAUGCGACUGGGGCUGCAGGCGGAACUUCGACUGUUUCCGGUGCCGGUAUCGAUGGGCAAGUUGCCCCUGGAUCGCAGGCGGCUGGUGUCGGGGUAGGAGGCAGGCCAGUUCGCACUAUUGAUCCGCGGUUGCAGGAGAUAUAUAAUGGGGAACGGAAGAUGGGGGAUCGGAAUAGUGUGCUCAGGGGGAUUAGACCGACUGAAUUCUCUCACGUGCGCAAAACUGCUGAAAUGUUUCUGGGUCGCAACCGCUCACGACCCAGCCAGCACACACAAAGCACGAUGUCAAAAUCAGGCGUGAAACCUCAAACAUCUACCUCAGGAUCAUCUCUGAUAAAACAAGCUAACCCACCAUCCUCCGCCAGCCCAUCCUCUCGCCGCCCAAACCCCAUAAUCCUCCUCUCCCCCUCAGCCUCCUCCCUCUUGCGCAUGUCAAAUAUAAAAUCUUUCCUAUCAGACGGUGUUUACGUGCCACCUGACCACCCCACCCUUGCCACCUCCACAGCCCCUAAUCUUCUCUACAUCUCCCGCGCCCUUCAAACCAUCUCAGACCCCACCUCCUCCCAUUCAGCCAACAAACCACCCUCGUCACAAUCCUCCGCUGCUGCAGGCAGCCAGGCCCGCAGAUCCACCCGCUUCAUCCUCGUUGACAGCACCGCAGACUUCAAGCCGGACUACUGGAAUCGUGUCGUCGCAGUCUUUACCACGGGCCAGACGUGGCAGUUUAAGUCAUAUAAGUGGUCGUCUCCGCCAGAGUUGUUUAAGCAUGCAACGGGUAUAUAUGUGGGGUGGAGGGGGGAGGAUGUUCCGAGGGAAGUUAAGGGAUGGGGGAGAGGGGUGAGGAGUUUUGCAAUUGAUCGGUGGGAUGAGAAGAGUGCAGGAUUGAAUGGGGCUGGUGCUGCGGGCGUGGGGGUUGCCGGUGGAAUUGGCGGAAGCGGGAGGUGGAGGGAUAGAGGAGUUGUGGAGGGCAUUUGGAUGGCAAUCGAGGAAGGGAUGAGGGGUAGAGGUUGGGGAGGUGGAAAGGGAAAUUAA